CAGCCCAGCUGCACCAGAGGGAGUGGCUUUACCCUUCCCACCUCAGAGCCAUGGGGAGCAGAGCUUCUGGUGGGCUGCCUCUGGUGCAGGCUCCCUACACGGUCCUGCUGCUGCCGCUGGAGACAAGCCGCCAAGACCCAGGGGCCCAGAGCUUCUUCCUCUGGCUUCAGAGGAUGCAGGCCCUGGAGAGAGAACAGGAUGCCCUGUGGCAGGGGCUGGAGCUACUGGAACACUGCCAGGCCUGGUUUGGGGGCCAUCUGAGGGAGGCACAGAGGCAGCAGCUGCAUCUGGGGGCCAUUGGUGAGAAUUUUCUAACAGAUUUACACUCAGAGCCUUGUGGCCCCGAGUUAUCCCAGAUUCAAAAGGUGAACAUCUGCUUGCAGAAUCUGAUUGAGGGGAAGUUCUCCCCACAUCCAUUGAACAAGGCUAGUUCCUGCAACACCCUGGAAGGGCCAAGAAAGCAGAACUUUUGGCAGCAACAGGAGUUCUCAAGGCAGCAGAGAGGAGUCAUCCAGCCAGAGGAGAAGAUGGCUGAGCCCAAGGGGCAGAGGGGCCCUACCCUUGUCUAA